UAAAUUAGUAGAUUAUUUUGUUUGUAUUUUCAUAAAUACACUAAAAUAAAAAAUUAAAAUAUUACUCAUCAAAAAAUGUUAAAAUCGAUUGAUAUUGUAGAUUAAAUUUUGUUAAGAAUAUUUUUGCGGGUCAUGAUUACUCUUUAAAUAAUGAUAAAAUAAUUUAGAAUACAAUGGGAGUAACUCUGGGUAGUAUGUACCAUGCAUGUACAUAAUUUUUUUUUUUCAUGCAUGUACAUAAUUAUCCAAUAAACAAACAAAAUCUUACUUAUUUAUACCUGAUCUCACCACCAUCUUGAACGAAGAAAAGCUCUCGAGAAUCGGCACAAAGGUGCAAUGGGGCGUGUAAUGGAGGAACCUCCGAAUCUCAUGCUGCAAGCAAGAGAGCUUCUUGCGACUCCAAACCACGAACGUCUAGAGAGUCUUGUCAUUCAUCUCUCAACGUGUCAAGAAACCACCGAAUAUCAAACGGCGCUUCCUCUCUUCAUCUUCUGCACUCAUAACUUCGCUAACUGCUUAACCCUAAAGCUUCUACAGAUGUACCGUUCCUCUUCUUCCAACGGCGUCCUCAGAUCCAAAUCGAUCAUUCUCCUUUUAAAAACCCUAGCCGCUUAUAAGUACCGCAGGUUCGACCUAUCUCUCGUCGCUCUUUACGUAAUCAAACCUCUUGUGAUCUCUUGCUUGAGGAUUACGCAAGAAGCCGAGACCAAACUCUUCAGAAGAAUCGUCUCUGUCAUCGCUCACGACGUUAUGAUGCUUGACAACGGCGGGUGGGACGAGCUCAGCGGUUUUAUCGUCGAGCUCUCGAGCACCGAAGAGCCUCUAAAGGCUUUGCAUGUCUUCGUGGAUUUGCCUCCAGUGUACGGAAGAUUCAUCCACAGUUGUUUCCGGACGAUCGUGGAGAUAGCAGAGAAGGUGUUGCUUAUGCGUGAUCAACAAGGCAGAGUUGAAGAUUGGAGUUUAGGUUUGCAAGCUGUUGUGAAACUUGGGAUCCAAGUCUUGGAUUCUGAGAUGAGAUUGGAUAUGGUGAAGGGUCUUCUUGCUCUUCUUGUCAAGGCAGCGAGUGAUCUUGUGGACAAGGGUAUGGAAGAGUUUCUGGUACGAGGGCUUGCUGAUCUUGAGAUGUUCUUGUCACAAGACAAGAAGUUGUGUAAUUACAAUAAGGAUCAAUGUGUUUUUGUGUCCGUUUUCUUGUUCAAGAUCAAAGACUUGGGAACAUUAACCAAAGAGGCUACGGGGAAGAUCCAUCGUUUGGUUAAGCCUACCCCAUCACAACCACGACAAGGUCAUGGAGCAUGUUCUGAACGUGAAUGGUUUGAUCGUUUGAACAGCUUACCGCCACUUGAGAUGUUAAGAAUCUUUGCGUCCACUAAUGUUGAAGAGAGGUUCAGAGAAUUGGCAAUCAGACGGCUCAACGUGUUACUCUCUGAUCACAUCUCCAGGGAAGAAGCAACAGGCAUUUCAGUGUUGAGAGAGCUUCAGCCAUUGCUCAUCUCUUGCCUUUGGGAAAAAGAAGGAGUCUCUGAGAGCAUGUUCAAAGUCCUUGGUGAGGUUGUCUACCACGUGUCAUACGAGGUGAUGAACUGCCAUUUUGAGACAUGGAACGGUCUACGCGACUAUAUUGCAUCUAACAGCAAGACAGAGUUUGAGAGAGCGGUUUACAUCUUCCAGUGCUUAGCAAUAUGGCUUGAACAUGAUUUUGUGGUUCCAAUAUUGGAGCAACUUCUCCCAGAGAUAGACAAAAGGCUAAACCCACCGAGAGAGGUGUUGGUAGAUAACAGUUGCUGGGUCUUGGCGUUUUUGGGUGCCUUCUGUGCCAUCAAUCAUUUGAUAGAGAUGGAAUGUUACGCUGGACUUGUGAUGGAGAUGGAAGAUAAGAUGGUAAAUUCAGUGAGAGAGCUUGUGGAAAGAGAAAUGGAAGUUGGGUUUGUGAGGAGAGCUUUCAGAGAUGUGGAAAGCAUCGUGAAGAAGCAAAUGGAAUGGUUUGGUAAGAACGAAUACAAAUUGAUUAAGCCUCUGCUUCAGAGACUCUACCUAAUCAAAGGCAUGACAGUGGAAAGCAAGAUGGUGUUGUGGAGAACCAACGUGUUUGUGGACAGAGGAAUAGCUGACCUGGAUGAACAGCAACCAGACGGUGAGAUUGAUUAGCCUGUUGCCGCUUAAGGGUUUUGUAUAAUCUGAUGGUUAGUCUCAAAAUAAAAAGAUAGACGCUAAUGUCAAAUUGUAUUCUUAUCAUUUAAUAAAAAUUCCUCAUUGGCUAUGUUAAUCAACGUGUUUUCUCUCUGUUUGAUCAUGUCUCGAGUUUUAAAGAAAAAAAGCAAUGUCUCGAGUUGAAAAUUCAC